CUGCUUUGUUCGAGUGGAACAAUUACUCCACUUCCAAGACCCGGGGUUUGGGAGAGAAGGCAGACCACCACCUCCAGAGGACAGCGAGGAGGAAGAGAACACAGCAGCCAGUACAACUCCCGUCCAUAAAACGAAACUCUCUGGGAGGAAAUCCGCCAGCUUCGGGAACACUCACACCGGCAGUAAGAAAAACGAACAUAUCCGCGUUGGCGGUCACGUGACAAGAAAAACAAAACCCCGCCUCGGUAGUUUGUAAACGAAACAGGACUUUUUUUUUYWUUUUUWUUUUUUACACGAAACAUUUGUUCUACAACAGCGGCUCGAAAGUUUAUUGAAGUAUUGCUGUUUGAGGUAUGGCUUUAUGUGGUAGUGUGUAGCAGUGGUUUGAGUUAUCAUUACAACAACGAUGCAAACUAAUUCAGUAAGAAAGUUAAAGCAACCAUCAAGACCUCAAGUUGUCAGUUCUGGUGGUGAAACAAAACAGCUCCAAACCAGAAAGAUUCCCCACAGAGUUGGAUACAGCUGGAACAAAGGAGGGAGACUCAAGGAGCUGAGGAUAAGAAAACACAGAGAGCAGCAGGCCUGUGGUCAGGAUGACUUGUGCUGUACGAGAUCGGCUGUGGAGAAAUGGAAAGAGUUUGUCCAGAAGCAGAAAGAAAAGAAAGUCAGGCUGAAAGAGAUUCAAAGUUACCACGAAGUUAAACUCCUCAAACUCUCCUUGGAGGCCUGGAGGAAACGUCACACACGCGUGAUUCAGAUGAACGAACAAGCAGAAGAACUCAACAGGCAGCGAAUGAAGCGUUUUCUCAGGAAAGCUUUAACUCUGUGGAGAGAAAAAGUGGCACUACCGGUCGCAGAGCAGCAAGCCCAGAGCCACUUUCAACAGUUUCUUCAGCUUAAGGUGUUUGUUGUUUGGAGGGAAGCAACAACACAUGCAGUGUCGCAGCGCCACCAGCAGAGUGAAGCACUCAGACGACUUCAGCGGACAAUAAAUCAAGUUCGUCUGCUGCGAUCGUUCAGACGCUGGAGAGAGCGAACCRGAGAGAGUCGCAGGCAGAGGAGAAACGUGGAGAAAGCCAGGCAGCAUUACUGCUCCAAACUUCUGUCUAAAACUCUGAAAGCGUGGAGCAGAUACCACCGGCAGCACCAGRGAGAAAAGGUGAUGAAGCAACAAGAAGUUGUUCUGUUGAGACUGAAGCUGUACCAGAAGUACUUUGGGCUGUGGAAACAAAAGCUGCAGCACAGGCGGAGAGAGGCCAGCCAGACGGAGCGAGCUCUCUGGCUCUGGUCCCUCACCCUUCAGGCCAAGGUGUUAUCUGGGUGGAGGCUGUGGGCUGCAGAGCAAUGCAGMAGGCGGGAGCAGGCAGCCAGAGCGGCUCAGGUCUACAGAGACCAGCUGCUGAGGGAGGGCGUGUCACGCAUCCUCACAUAUGCGGCGCACAUGAACGAUAUCACAACGAGCCUGACGCAGUUCAGCCAGGAGCACAGAUCGCAGCGUCUCCAGAGAGUUGUUAAACGCUGCGCCCUGAGGUGGAAAGAGCGGGCGCUGUGCAGACAACCAAAAGAGCAGGAGGUCAGAACGCGUAAAAAAAGUGUGACCUUCUGUUUGACCGGGCCGACACUUGGCAGCGUCUCCACGUCUGGCUCAGAGGAGCAGCGAGAUCUGAGCAGGCAUGCCAAAACUGAACUGGGCCUUCGCUGCGCUGAAGCAGCUCUGAAACCCUUCGAAUUGAGCGGUCCCUCACACCAAAACCCCGCACCAUCCUCAGCUCCACUCAUAUUUACUGUGACACUUUCUGAACCUCAAACAUCCACCGCUCUCUCACCUCUCCAGCCUGAAAAACAGGACGUUCUCCUUCCUCCUGCUGURUUUAUGACAUCAAGGACUCAGAGAGACUUUGGAAAAUCCAGCUGCUCAGGCUCCAGAGAGGCUCCACUUGUAGCUUAUCAGUCUACUCCUCCUUUUAUACACCCCAUAUCAGCUCAUACAGACUCAAACCUGAGAGCCAUCAGGAGAACGUCUAACGAUCCUCAUCAAGAAGACGAAUCAUCUUCUGCAGAAUCAGCUCUGACGCAAGAGCUUCUCAGCAUCCAGCGAGAUAUGAGGAGCUUUCAGCAGAGCAGAAAGCAGCUCCGGGCAUGGCGAAAGCUGAGAGAGGUGUUGCAGAGGUGGCUGCAGACGAGCGCACAGGAAGAACACAUGGAAAAAACUGCCGUUUGUGAAGAGCUGAAGGAGCUGGAGGAGCGCAUUAACAGUUUGUCCUCUGAGCUGGAAAAGCUGAAACCGACGAUGCUGCUUCACACUGAGAGAAUCCGACAGUUACACUCUGCACUCCACACCGCAGGAGCUCAUCGCUCAAAUGCAAAAAACUAAGGAAACCAGUAGCUGUGAGUUUACAAUGUGGCAGGAAAACACUCACUCACCUGGUUAUGUUUGGGACUGUUACAGCUCUGUCACGUUUUCUAAGAGGAACAUUUUCUUAUCAAGCUUGCUGAACUGCAGCUAACUGCUUUUCCUUUCCAACUCUUAAUCCUAGCAUUCAUACAAAGCUGGUUAUUUCUACAUGUUAAUCUUAAAAACUCUAAAAAGGUUAAUCACAUCUACAAACAUGAAAUCCAACUUUUUUUUAAAGCUGCAUUUGCACUUCAUUUGUAAAACGUUGGCUAGGGGGUCCUCCUUGUGGCAGAUGGUGCUAAACAUUUUCCAUAUGUGUGUAAAAAGUGACUUAGCUGUUUCCAAAGUACUGGCCCUUACGCAAUAAGUUUUCUCCUUCGUACGCGCUGCAGCCUCUGAUAUUUUAGGUAAAUCUGUGCAAGAAAAUCGGAUGUUUUGGACUCAAAGAGACUGCAUGGGACAUUUUAACCUGAACCUUUGGAUCCACAGCAACCUAAAAAAUGAGAGGAUUCUGUCAGAUUUUACUGUUUGUCAUUUUUGUGUGCUGCAUCAGGGGUGAGUUUUGUUUCAAAAGUAUUUAUUAUUGUUAAUUUCUGUUGAUGAUUAGGUGUAAUGUAAAAAGUUUUUUUUUACUGUUUUGUUGAUGUUGACAUUUUUAUUGCCCAUUUUAAGGACUUUUUUCAGUAAAACAAGUGAUUGUUAAACCUUUUAAAA